GCGUGCGGGCGGUGCUAGUGGCGGGAGGAGUAAAGAUGGCGGUGCGGGGGUCUCCGCCUUCUGCUCCCGGCUGAAGCGCUCUGAGGGAAGCGGCAGCGGCAACUGGGGCAGCAAUAGCAAUCCAGUGGUGGUAGUUUCAGCAGCGGCUGCUGAGGCCGAAGCAAUGGCAGAAUUGGAGCACCUAGGCGGGAAGCGGGCGGAGUCGGCGCGAAUGCGGCGGGCUGAGCAGCUUCGGCGCUGGCGGGGCUCGCUGACAGAGCAGGAACCCGCGGAGCGACGAGGCACCGGGCGGCAGGCGCAGACUCGUCGCGGGAGCCCAAGAGUCCGCUUCGAGGACGGUGCUGUCUUCCUGGCCGCUUGCUCUAGCGGGGACACCGACGAGGUGAAAAAGCUUCUGGCAAGAGGUGCAGACAUCAACACGGUCAACGUGGACGGUUUGACAGCCCUGCACCAGGCCUGUAUUGAUGAAAAUUUGGACAUGGUGAAGUUUCUGGUGGAGAACAGAGCCAAUGUAAACCAGCAGGACAACGAGGGCUGGACACCCCUUCAUGCAGCAGCUUCCUGUGGCUAUCUCAACAUAGCAGAGUAUUUCAUUAACCAUGGAGCCAGUGUGGGUAUUGUGAAUAGUGAAGGUGAAGUCCCCUCUGACCUUGCAGAAGAGCCUGCCAUGAAGGAUCUUCUUCUGGAACAAGUGAAGAAGCAAGGAGUUGAUCUAGAGCAGUCAAGAAAAGAAGAAGAACAACAGAUGUUACAGGAUGCCCGCCAGUGGCUCAACAGUGGGAAAAUAGAAGACGUAAGGCAGCCUCGUUCAGGGGCCACAGCCCUCCAUGUGGCGGCUGCCAAGGGCUACUCUGAGGUCCUCAGACUUUUAAUCCAGGCUGGCUAUGAACUCAAUGUUCAGGAUUAUGAUGGCUGGACUCCCCUCCAUGCUGCUGCGCACUGGGGUGUGAAGGAGGCUUGCUCCAUCCUGGCGGAAGCACUCUGUGAUAUGGAUAUCAGGAACAAACUGGGCCAAACACCAUUUGAUGUGGCUGAUGAGGGUCUUGUGGAGCACUUGGAGAUGCUCCAGAAGAAGCAGAAUGUGCUUCGAAGUGAAAAAGAGACACGGAAUAAGCUCAUUGAGUCAGACCUGAACAGCAAGUUGCAGAGUGGACUCUUUAAGAACAAAGAGAAGAUGCUCUAUGAAGAAGAGAUCCCCAAGUCCCAAGAAAUGGAGGAAGAAAGCAAAGAGUCCAGCAGCUCCAGCUCAGAGGAGGAGGAAGGUGAAGAUGAAGCUUCUGAGUCAGAAACCGAGAAGGAGGCAGAUAAAAAACCAGAAACCAUUGACAACCAUUCCAACUCUGAAAGCAAGAGUAUUAUUACGGAACAGAUACCAGCACCAGCUCAGAAUACCUUCUCUGCCUCUUCAGCCAGGAGAUUCUCCUCCAGCCUUUUUAACAAGCCGGAAGAGCCCAAAGAUGAAUCUCCUUCUUCGUGGAGACUGGGACUCAGAAAAACUGGCAGCCACAACAUGCUGAGUGAGGUGGCCAAUUCCAGGGAAGCUCUAAGGGACCGAGGCUCUUCUGUCUACCGGUCAUCAUCAAGCCCUCGGAUUUCUGCUCUGCUGGACAACAAAGAUAAGGAGAGAGAAAACAAGAGCUAUUUUAGUUCACUAGCACCCCGGAGGCUCAGCAACACAAGUGACGUCGAAGAAAAGGAGAACAGAGAAUCAGCUGUCAAUCUGGUGAGGAGUGGGUCCUAUACUCGGCAGCUGUGGAGAGAUGAAGCGAAGGGAAAGGAAACUCCGCAGACAGCUGUUCCAUCCACCUAUGUAUCAACCUACUUGAAAAGUGCUUCAUUUGGUAGAAGUAGUGACCCCACAAGUCCCUACAUUUCAGCCAAUCGCAAUUCAUCUCCUGCUACCUCACCCAUUACCAUUGGUUCAUCUACCUCUCGGGGCAGCAAGUGGCAACCUGCCUCUUCUUGCCCUGCACCAAUCAGUGCAAACACUACUGCAUCUGUACACCAUGGCAGGACUCCUUACAAAUCACAGGCUGACUCAACAGCAGAGAAAACAGCAGACAAUGUCUCUUCCAGCACCCCGCUCUGUGUGAUCACUAAUCGCCCUCCACCUAACACUGCCAAUGGGGUUACAACUGCCACUCUGCUCUCCACUCCUGGAACAGACUCCUCUGUGGAAGCCAGGGAGAAGAGGAGGUCAUAUCUGACUCCUGUACGGGAUGAGGAAGCAGAAUCUUUACGGAAAGCACGCUCCAGACAAGCUCGGCAGACUCGAAGGUCUACUCAAGGCGUGACACUAACGGACCUUCAAGAAGCAGAAAGGACAUUCAGCCGGUCGAGGGCAGAACGGCAAGCUCAGGAGCAGCCUAGCCAGAAGCCUGCGGGCACUGAAGGGCUUGAGGGAAGCACAGAGAAGCAUGAGCCCUCAGCAGUCCCGGCAAAGGAAGCUGGCGAGAGCCGUCAACCCUGGGGCGGGAGUCUGGAUGAGGAGCCUGUCUAUCGUCGCCUGAGGUAUUCAGCUCAGCCAGACAAACCCACAACACCAGUGUCUCCUUCUGCAUCAAGACCCACUCUCUACACCAGUUCCCAUCUGCUACGGACAAGCAGAUCUUCAGUCCCUGACUCUGAGAGUUCAGAGACCACCACAAACACUGCAGUUGCAAAAGAAAUGGACAAAAAUGAGAGUGAAGAUGCAGAUGUGGAUGAUCAGUCCUCUAAUAGACUGUCCAUCCGUGAGAGGAGGAGGCCCAAGGAACGACGAAGAGGCACAGGCAUCAAUUUCUGGACAAAGGACGAAGAUGAAACUGACGUCUCUGAAGAGGUAAAAGCAGCACUGCAUGAAAGACUUUCUAGGUUGGAAUCAGGAGGUAGCAACCCUACCAGCAGCGAUUCUUACGGUGACCGUGACCGGGCUUCAGCAAGAGCCCGACGGGAGGCACGGGAGGCCCGCCUCGCCAGCCUGAGCAGCCGCGCGGAAGAGGACACCAACAGGGAUUAUAAAAAACUCUACGAGAGUGCCCUAACCGAAAACCAAAAACUGAAAACAAAACUUCAAGAGGCCCAGCUAGAGCUAGCAGAUAUAAAGUCCAAGCUUGAGAAGAUGGCCCAGCAGAAACAAGAAAAGACCUCUGACCGAUCGUCGAUGCUGGAGAUGGAGAAACGGGAGAGGAGAGCCUUGGAGCGGAAAAUGUCCGAGAUGGAGGAGGAGAUGAAGAACCUCCACCAGCUAAAACAGAUUCAAACCUUGAAGCAGAUGAACGAGCAACUGCAGGCUGAGAACAGGGCCCUGACCCGAGUUGUGGCCCGACUCUCGGAGUCCGUCGAGUCCUCGGAAACCCAGGAGCUCUAGUUCUUGCCCCUCUUCUCCACCUCACUUUCCUCCUCCACCACUCCAGGUGUUAACAGAACUGAAAUCCGACAACCAGAGGCUGAAAGAUGAAAAUGGUGCCCUCAUCAGAGUCAUCAGCAAACUGUCCAAAUAGACUAGGCUCCAGAUUUAGGAGGGAUAGGACAGCAUUUGCUGCCCCCAUGCCUCUUCUCCAGCCAUUGUCUUCCAACCAAAAGAAGUGAAUGUUUUGGUGGAAGGACCACUUCUUUCUGCCCCUCUUCCAGUCACCUUCUCUGCACUGUACAUUUCCUCUGCACUCUCAGUGCCCUGUUCCUCCUGUACCCCCACCCCCUGAGUUUUAUGACAGUUUUAAUUGAAGCAUGAUUGUGAUAAUUGGAGCCAUUCGAGCCAUCUGGAGAAGGCCUUGGGGAGUACACCAGGCUCAGCUGUGGACCCCAACUUCCUGCUGCUCAGCUACUUGUCCACAUUGGAUUUGGUCCAAACAUGUAAGGCCUCUACCCAAACCAGUACCCCACAGCCUUUCACGCUCUUCCAGUGUCCUCUGAUAUAGGUGAGUCUUAUGGUGGCCACUCCAGGAUCCUGUCUGGGAUGCCAAGAGAAACAGGAUGUUGGCAAAAUCACCCGACAGCUUCUGGAGCUGUGUUUCCAUUAGAUUCAAGGUGACAGUGACUCUGCAUUGAAGGUCUCUGCUAGUCUUCACCUCAGGAACUGACUUUUCUCUAACUCCUUGCUGGUGUUACUGUUACUUUUUCUAUCAACAACCCAGUAACAUCCCUGACUAGUCUUAACUCCUACUCCUCCCUCAUGCCUCGUCCCCUUCCCCAGGGCUCAGAUGACCCUGGCUUCAUUUAUUCCUUUCCUUUCUAUCCUUUUAUUUUUCUUUCUGUCUCCCCUCCACCACCUCACCACAUGGUGUAAAAGCUAGAACGGAGCAUCUGACCUCCCUUGCCUUUGGCCAUUAUGGAAGGUCAUUUCUCCUGGGGCACUCUGGAGACCAGAAGAAUUGCCUUGGUGGCAGCACCACCGGCCUUCUCGCUGAAAAGCCAGACCAUGGCAUAAACGUCAGCCCACUGUUCUCAUCUCCUACGUGUUUUCCCUACACAGUGAGUUUCUUUAGUAGAAAAUCUGGGCUCUGAACACCCCAUUCCGCCUCACCUCCUUUUGGCCUUGUUUUCCUCUCUUCACUCUGACACCUGCUCCUAACGAAAAAGGAAGUCCUCGCAAGGAGGCAUGAGAGCUGAGGAGGGUAGAUUGAUGGGAGGUAGACUAGGGAGUGAAAGCAGGUUGGAAAGACACAUAUGGUGUAGAGUAGAGUAGCUGGGGACACUUGCAACCUCGUGACAAAGAAGGUACAAGAUGGCGGCCCAUCGUGCUGUGAUAACGGUGGUGAAUGCGACUGUUUCUGGUGGCUAGAUUUAGGGGAGAGACCUUUGUUUCCUUAGAAGCCAGCAGGAACAAUGGCUCUUAACAGAGGUUGAAAGUGAUGAGAUCCUUCCAACCCAUUCAUGAGAGUCAUGGAAUCUUUGGCAAAGCCCAGAGAUCCUAUGAUGGAGCUUUCCGUUGUUGUGUCACAGGGACCACCCCUCACACACACAGACCACGGUCAGGUGUUCCCUGGUGGCUGUGCACUUAGUCCUUGGAAGUUGGGCAACUCUGAUAACCAGAAAGUUUUUCCUAACAUGAGUUAAGGUCUGCCUGUGGGUUCUCCACGUUGUCCAGUACUGCCCUUUGAUGUGACAACCCUUCAGAUAUGUGGAGGCGGGGAUCUCCCCUUAACCUUACUUCCCAGCUGAUGUUUCCCCAGUCCUUUGGGGCACUCCCCACAUGGCAUACUUUUCCUGUCUGUCACAUCUCGUCUGUCGUCUCUUGGGAAAAAACAGCCUUUUAAAAUAUGCCCAGACCUGGACAGAUACUCCAUUAGCACAAAAUUAAACCAUUGGUCCUUGGUGAUGACCCAAUAUUAAUACUCAACGUAUUUGCUCUUUAUCGGUAUUCUCCCUUGGUUCGUUUAUUUUGAGUGUGCAAGUCAUUUAAAUUCUCCUCAUUUUAGAGCUGCCCAUGAUAUUCAGCGCUUUGAGUGAUCCAUUCUCUUAACAUAUACUACCUCUGUCCAUUUUUUAUUUCUUUCCAGAAAAUGACAAUAUAGUUCUCCAUGGCUCUUUGAAACAUUACAUGCUCU